AUGCACAGAUUGGAUGAGAUUAUCAGAGAGAACAAUGUCUAUGCUGCAUCUUACAGGACAUUACAAGAAGUAGAACUGCAUGAGGUGCAGUAUGCCCAACAAGAACAGGGGCCUAUAUCUGUUGUAAAUUUAGUCUUCAACAGGGAUCGUACUGCUGAUAGGCAGAAAUACAAUUUACCAACAGUUAAGGAAAUAGCUAUGAUCUUCAACAAUACUGAUGGUGAGUCACCAUUCAACAGAGAUUUCAAGGUUUACCCAAGAAACAAUGACAUUCCUGUGAUCAGUCUGAACAUUCUUAGCCCCAACCAUGACCCAAUGACAUAUGUAUUGUUGUUCUUUCCAUAUGGAGAGCCAGGCUGGCAACCACAUAUGAUUGGUAAUAAAAAUAGAACAAACUCAAGGCAAAAUGUUACAAUGCUCCAACAUAAAGUAUCUCUUACAGCAGUUAGAGAUGGUGAAUUCAACCCAGUUAUCCAUGGAGUUUGUGUCCAAGAAUCCUUAAGCAGCAAAUCAUAG